AUGGCUCUUAUGGGCUUAUCAAGUGUGAGCUACGCUGUUCUCUAUUACUUUGUGUUCUUUACGCGCGCCAGCUGGACAUUUCAAGAACCCUCCUACGAGGCUGUGCAGCGAAAUAGCUUCAAGAUCUUCAAUGCUAUCCAUGCAGCAAUGCGCCAAUGGGGGUCCUCCAUUGAGCAUAACGGCAUGUCGUUUUUUCCGGCGACGAUUCCCAAGGGCGUCAACUUGUACCAUGGAACUCACAAGGCUGGAGUUAUCAGAGGCAUGGAAUGGCUCGCAUUCGAAAUAGAACAUGCUGAGAUGUUUGCCGACAUGGACAGAAUCGGCUCUCGAAACUAUCAGCUAUCAAGAACUGAACAAUCCGACGGUCAACCCAGCCAGUUUGUGAUGACAGGUGGGCCGCAAAAUGCGAACACCAAGGGCCAUGACCCUGGAUACCUACAUAUUUAUCGCACCACGCGACCUCAACGCCUACUCUACAUUGACGGCAUGGCUGCCGCUAAAACGGAAAUGGGAACAUUGGAUACGCAGGACUUACUACUGCGAAACCGGUCAGUCGGUCUAGGUUGGGAUGAGCAUAGACGGGCUUUCGAACUCUGCAAAUUGGCCCGGGAAUGGCAGAUUGACGGCAUAGUCCGCAUGGAAGCAGGGUUCGAGAUUAUCAAGUGUGACUUUUCAGACGGCAUGGAGCUCAUUUCAGCUAACCAACGACCAAAAACGCCUGUCUAUGAUUCUAGCCUAAGGGAGCUAGAGUACUUGCGAGCAGUUUCGCAGCGCUAUUGGGAUAUCACGGCUUCUCGGGUCACACUUGAUUACUCGCGCAUGCUUUCCGCCUUUUUCUAUCCCAUCAAUUUGAGCAACCCGAUUCCUGCGUUUGCUGAUCAGCCGAGACUUGUUUAUCCAAGCUGGCAGGAGCUGAAUUCCGUCAAAUCUGAUUUACGUGAUAUCCUUUCAAAUCAGUCACAUACGUCCAGCGUGGACUGGCAGGGUAUAACGGAUAUGAUCGUGACGAGAUACUCUGACCGCCUGCAGUUCAUGGCUGAAAGGUCAAGCCUAGCCGAGCUAAGCCUCGAAGUUCAAGAUUUGCUCGAUAUAUACAUCGAUUAUUCUACCCCGGAUCCAAACAUGGCUGUUGCGGCGAACAAAUGCACUACUCAUUUUCUCGGCCCUGCUCCUAGUGCGACUAGCAUUUGGCCAGAGCACCUUAUUUAUGUUGCUUUACAAACAGUCACUUCGCACAUAUGCCAGUCCCUAUUCGCCGUCCGGCGUGUUGUUACAGCCGAGAUAUCCAAAGAAGUGGGUACCUCUGUCGAUAAAGCCCGGGAUAUUGUUCGAAACCUGAUGGGUGUCCUUAAAUGGCCUGAAUGGAAGGAUUGCGGGAGGUGUGGAUCGGAUCGUAUUUGCUUCGUCGCCAUGUGGCCUGAUGGUAACACCGAAGACCAUUAUUCACCCAGAUGUCUCAAUAAAACAGAGAUCGACGGCCGGGAAGGGUACUGGCAAUAG